AUGCGUGUUCUUUUCUGGAAUAUUUGUGGUGUGAAGAAGGAGGCUGGUAAGAGAUUUUUACAAUCUCUUAUUACAGAGACUUCUCCAGAUAUUCUGUGUUUGGCUGAACCAAUGGUUCAGGUGAGUAAAUUCCCUGUUUUAUUUUUUAAUAAAUUGGGAUAUUCGGCAGAGUUUAUCCAUAAUAUCCGCCAUGAAAGGUUGUCUAACCUGUGGAUAAUUUGGAACCAUGGUCUGAGUCAGCCUUCCGUUGUCUCAAUGUCGGAUCAACAGCUCUCUAUUGAGGUGGACUGGCAAGGGAAAAAAAUGCUUUUGUCCUUUAUUCAUGCUAGUUGCUUUAAAAUUGAGCGUAGAGAUUUGUGGUCGGAAUUGGCGGCUAUUUCAGCAGCUUCUCUCCUGCUUGUUGUUGGUGAUUUUAAUGCGACACUGUUGUCUAAUGAGAAAAAAGGUCCGGGGAAAUUUAAUGUUGGAUCGGCGGCAGAGUUCCAAGCAAUGGUGGAUUCUUGUAUGCACAUUUCUACCCCUUCACAGGGUAAAAAGUAUACUUGGUCAAAUAAUCGUACAAGGGGUAAUGUCAUGGCUGUUCUGGAUAGAAGCUUUCAUAAUGAGUUAUGGAUUGAUGAAUUCAAAAAUAUUUCUCAGAGAGUUAUAAGCUGCACUGGAUCUGAUCACACUCCCAUCUUGAUCCAUUCAAACGUGAUCCAAAAGCCUAGCAACAUUCCGUUUCGAUUUCAUAAUUUUUGGAUGGAAGAUGAUAGCUUUCAUUCGGUGGUGAAGCAAGCCUGGUCUCAACAUGUGGGUGGCUGCCCCAUUUAUAUCUUGGCGCAAAAAUUGAAGGUGGUGAAAGGGGUGCUAAAAGCUUGGGCAAAAGAAAGAUUUCCUAAUCUAAAUGAGGAAGUGAAAAAAGCUACUUCAGGGCUAAAAAGAGUGCAGGAUAUUAUUGAGAUUUCAGGAAUGUCGGAUGCUCUCUUUAACGAAGAAGCUGAUGCAAAAACAGCCCUUUUAAAUGCUAGUAAGAUGCAAGAAAAACUGUGGUUUGAGAAGGCUAAAUUACGAUGGUUGAAAGAAGGUGAUCGGAACACAAAAUUUUUGCAUCUUUCAGUGAAGAUUAAAAGAUCAAGAAAUCAGAUUAGUAUGUUACAUCGUGAAGAUGGUUCUUGGAUUUCUGAUCAAUUACAUUUGGCCAACUAUAUUGUGGAUUUUUACAAGAGUUCUCACUCUGAAAUUCCUGUAGAACCACACUAUGAGCUACUUGACCAAAUUCCGACAAUCAUUUCUAAUGAAGACAAUGCUUUCUUGGGUGUUGUUCCCUUAAGGGAAGAAAUAAAGAUGGCAAUAUGGGAUCUGGAUGCGAACAGCUCUCCGAGCCCUGACGGCUUUCUAGGUCAGUUUUUCUGA